AUGCUUUCUGUCAAUAGCUCGCAAGAGCCAGAUAUCUCUACAUUGUCGAUUUCGUCAAUGUCAGAUUACCACAACUUCGAUUUUCCGGGGAAGGACGCUCAACGUGAAGCAGUGCUGGAUCUCAUCGACCAACAAGGUUUUAUCCCGGACGAUGUGGUGGAACACGAAAUCGAAUGGUUUUACGACGCACUGGGAAUCGACGAUCUGUUCUUCUCGAAAGAAUCGCCGGAAAUGAUCGCAAAUAUCAUUCAUACGUUGUACGCCGCAAAAGUCGAGUCCUUUGCCAGAUUCAAUUUCGCAGGCCACGCCAUCACCACUGCCACCACUGGCGAUGACGACCAACAAAAACCUGUUCCAUCGGGUUCCCCUACAGACAAUACGCAGUCAAGCGGGUUUUCCGUCAAGACCCAAGUGAUCACCGACACACAUUCGGUUUUCAUGGAAACAGGCCACCAACUCGACGCCAAAAUCGACUCCCUCUUACUGGAUAGCUCUAAAAACCGCUACAGACUGAUCUCUUACACGGCAGAAAAUAACUUGAAGCUCACAUUUGUGUACCGCACAGUUUUUGCCCAUGAUCCAGCUGCAGGCCCCAAACUCACGCCAGAACAACUAGCGAAAGGUGAGAUUGAUGCUAUUAGCGAUCUCACCAUGUCUCAGGUCACUUCUAGAGAAAACAAAAAACUAUAUGGGUUGAUUAUGCAACAAAUGCGUCAGCGUGAGGGACCUAUCAUAAAAACUCUCAAUUCCGUCGCAGAUCCAGACGAGGUGCGUAUAGUUGUGGGCUUCAAACGCGGUACUACAAAGAGCUAUUAUACGGCAUUGUCAUCAUUGCUGCAUUACUACCACCUCAAGCCUUCCAAAGUGUAUUUGGAAACCUUCGCUAACGACGUCAUGAUUUACUCGGUUUAUGUUAAACAAUCGCAACAGUCCGAAGACGUCUUGAACAGUCUUUCAAUGUCGAUUCUUCAAUUUGAAAGAGAAGCCUCUUUGCUGUAUUCGAUCCCGAGCAACUAUUUUCAGGAUCUGUAUCAGCAGAGAAGCUUCUCGCCACAAGAAGCUAUCUAUGCCCAUAUUGGUGCCAUUUUCAUCAACAACUUCAUCAACAGGCUCGGUGAUGAAUAUCAGGACUUGGUGAGUCAAGUGAAUUUGUCCUCCAUAACAAACAAUACCUCUAUGCUCGAGGUUUUGGAUGGACUGAAGAAAAAAUUGAGAAAUGAGACCUACACGCAGCAAAUGAUUAUUGAAGUCUUGCACAAGUAUAAAGAUAUCGUUUCCAAGCUUUACAAGAAUUUCGCUCAAGUUCACUAUGUUUCGUCUGCUCGUCAUGGGUUUGGGAAAACCUUGUCUUAUCAAAGACUAUCACAGCUCGAACCCUUUGCCAACGAUGAAGAGUUCGAACAGUACCUCAAUAGGUUUAUCCCCAACGACUCGCCGGACAUACUGAUCUUGCAGACACUAGCUAAGUUUAACAAAGCUGUGCUAAAAACCAAUUUCUUUAUGACGAGAAAGGUAGCAAUAUCGUUUAGGCUAAACCCAAAGUUGAUUAUGCCGGAAACUGAAUUUCCAGAAACACCCUACGGUGUAUUUUUUGUUGUUGGUAAUACCUUCAAAGCUUUCCACAUUCGGUUUAGAGAUAUCGCCAGGGGUGGUAUUCGUAUCGUUUGUUCAAAGACACAGGACAUCUACGAAGUCAAUUCCAAGAUGGCUAUCGAUGAGAAUUAUCAGCUGGCUUCUACUCAACAACGUAAGAAUAAGGAUAUACCUGAAGGUGGUUCUAAAGGUGUGAUUCUUUUGAAUCCAACACUCACAUCACAGAAACAAACGUUCGUCGCGUUUACGCAGUACGUGGAUGCCAUUAUUGAUAUCUUGAUUCAAGAUCCAUUGAAAGAGAAGUAUGUCGAUAGGUUGAACCAGCAAGAAAUACUGUUCUUUGGACCUGACGAGGGGACUGCCACGUUUGUCGAUUGGGCUACUUCACACGCCAAAAGCAGAGGAUGCCCUUGGUGGAAGUCAUUUUUGACAGGUAAGUCCCCAACCAUGGGAGGGAUUCCUCAUGAUGUCUAUGGUAUGACAUCAUUGAGUGUCAGAUCUUAUGUCAAUGCCAUUUAUGAGACACUUGGAUUACAGAACACAACCGUCAACAAGUUCCAGACCGGUGGACCCGAUGGUGAUCUGGGAUCCAACGAGAUUCUACUGUCGUCAUCCAACGAACAAUACGUUGCUAUUGUCGAUGGGUCGGGUGUUUUGUGCGAUCCUAAGGGCCUUGACCAAGAGUCACUCAGGACUUUGGCCAUCAAGAGAAGCACUAUUUCCGAAUAUGACACUUCUAAACUGAGUAGCCAGGGUUUCUUUGUUUCUGUAGAGGACAUUGAUGCUAAGUUACCAAAUGGUGUUGUAGUAGCCAACGGUACGACUUUCAGAAACAGAUUCCACCUGGAGCUUUUCAAAUUCGUGGAAAAGGUGGAUUUGUUUGUCCCUUGUGGAGGCAGGCCUAAUUCGAUCGACAUCAAUGUUCUGCACUAUUUCAUCGAUGCGAAAACAGGCAAGUGCAAAAUCCCCUUCAUUGUUGAGGGUGCCAACCUUUUCAUCACGCAACCUGCCAAAAUUGCAUUAGAAGAGCAUGGGUGCAUUUUGUUCAAGGAUGCUUCCACUAAUAAGGGAGGUGUCACAUCGUCUUCCCUGGAGGUUUUGGCGUCGUUGGCUUUGAAUGACCAUGAUUUUAUUCACAAGUUCAUUGGAAAAACUCCUGGCAAAACCACUAGGCUCUAUGACGAUUAUGUCAAGUUCAUUCAAGGCAAGGUUGAAAAAAAUGCAAGAGCAGAGUUUGACCAGUUAUGGCCACUGAAGCAGACCUCCGGCACUUCCAUCUCUGAGCUAUCCAAUGUCCUCUCACAAACGAUUAAUAAACUGAACGAUGAGCUCAUUAUCUCGAAUGAGCUAUGGAUGAAUGAUCUUGAGCUUCGCAACUAUCUAUUGCUGAAAAAGAUCAUCCCUGCUCUAUUGAUCGAUGUUGCUGGUCCUGAACAAGUGCUUGGAAAUAUCCCAGAGUCGUACUUGAAAGCUUUACUGUCCAGUUACUUGUCCAGUUCUUAUGUUUACAGUUACGGAAUUGACGUGAACAUUGGUAAGUUUUUAGAGUACAUCGGUGAACUCAAGAGAGAGGCAAGAGGGUUCAAGUAG